UUUUUAAAAUUAUGGUAAACCGUGCAGAUUCAUUAGCAAUGUCUAUAGAAGAAUAUCCAAGACAACAACACCAACAUUACCAUUCAGCAACAUCUUCUUCAAGUAAUGGAGUGGGGAAUUUAAGUGGACAACAACAGCAACAUUCUAGUUUGGAAAGAAGUAAUUCUAUGCCUCCUGAAUCUGUCGUACUUGCUGCUUUUGAAGAAAAACAAAUGGACCUUCCUCCAGACAAAAUGCGAACUCUGAGAAAUUGCGAUCUUAAGAAGAAAUGGGAUUUAGUCUGUGACCAGAGAAAAUUUUCUGUCGAUCAUUCUGUGCCAGAUCCGAGUAUUUAUUUGGAAAAAUUGAAAAUCUAUAUGGAUAGGAAGACUUUGAAAAAGAAGAAAAAAUAUCUCUCUGGCGAGUCUUCAACAACGCUCCUAAAACAUAUUGAGAUCUCACUUAGAACAAACACAAUUGACUGGGUUAGGGCUUUUCUAGCCCCUCAAUGUGAUGGUCUUCGUGUUUUGGUUGACUACAUUUCUUUUUUGCAAGAUUCUCUUUUUGCUGUUUUAAUAAAUUCUUCUGAAGAAAAUGGAAUUGUUCCAUCUUCAUCAAAUCCAGACCUUUCCUUUUCUCAAACAGCAGUUAAUAUUCAAUUUAUCAAUUCUUCUACUAAUGUAUCUUCUGGAGGAGGGCAGCAGCAACAAGGAGGAGGGGGAGGGACUCAUAAUCAGUUUGGUACAAGUGGAGGUUCUUCUACUUGUUCUUUACAAACAAAUUUAAAUAAUAAUACUAAUACAACAAUGAAUUCUUCAAUUUAUUCAAAUAAUAAAGAUGAUUUGUCUUUUACUUCUGGAAAAUUAAAAAAUUCACACAAUUCUCGUAAACUUUAUUCAUCAAGUAAAGGUAUUGACCAUAUUGAUGAUGAUAUACAUGUUGGAAUUUGUUGUUUACGUGCUCUGUUGAAUAAUAAGUUUGGAGUAGUUGCUGUAUUUUCAAAUCGGCAAGCAAUUUAUUGUAUUGUUCGAGCUAUUUUACAUCCGUCUUUCAAAACAAAAGCUUUGGUGCUAGAUAUGUUGUCUGCGAUUGUCACUUUAACAGAUGGACAUGAACUUGUACUUGGUGCUUUUAAUAAAUUUAGAAGUGCUUACAAUGAGAUUUUUCGCUUCCAAACAUUAGUUCGGUGCUUUAAAUGUCCUGGUGUAAAUGUUGAUUUUCUUGCGUCUUGCAUUAAGUUUAUUAAUGUAAUGGUCCAUUCAAGUAGUGAUAUGAAUCAACGAGUAGCUUUACAAUAUGAAUUUACUAUUUUUGGGUUGGAUAGACAUCUCGAGCAACUUUCCUCAGAAUAUUCCGAAUCAGAAUUUCUUUUAAAUCACAUAAAUCUUUAUUGGAAUAAUUGCAUUGAUGUUGAUUUAUUACAUGAUAAGUCAAUUAAAUGUGAUGAACUUGAAGGUGAUAUUCAGGCACUACAGGCAAACAAUUCUCGUCAAAAAGAAGAAUUUCAACAACUACAGGCUGAUUGUUAUGUCCAAAUAGCCCAAUUAAAUGCUCAACUUAAAAAAUUGGUAGAGGAUAAAUUGGAAUUGGAAAGACAGAAAGUUAAUCGAGAUAUGCAUAUUUCUACACUUACAAAAGAUUGGCGUGAAAAGGAAACAAAAUUUGAAAAUGAAAAGGGAGAAUUGGAGAGAAGAAUUACAAUGUUGGAACAGACAAAGAGGGAAAUACAACAAAGCCUAAAGAUAUCACAGCAGGCAGCAGCACAACAAGCAGCUUCUGUUGCUACAGUUACUGCAGUUGUAACACAGUCUUCACCUGCUGCACUUGCUUCAACUAAUGAUAAUAUUGCUACUUCAACUAAUAAUGUUUCUGGCGCUUUAUCAAAACAGACACUUGGUGGCGAACAAGCUAAAAAAGCAGCAUUAACAACAUCUCUGCCGGUUCCAACACCCCCUCCUCCCCCACCUCCUGCACCUCCACCCCCUCCAACAAAUCUUCUACUCAAGAAAGAAACUUCAUCAAUAAAACCAUCAAAUGGAGGACCACCACCACCUCCUCCACCACCCCCACCUCCAUCACUUAAAUUACCACCAAAAAUAAUAGCUCCGCCUCCUCCCGGACUUUUAUCUAAAGCAAAUCAACAAAAUUUAGCUUUGGCUAAUGAUGGACCUCAAAAACGUGUUGUGACUAUUAAGAGCAAAUUACCAAUGCUUAAUUGGUCUGCUUUAAACCCAAAUCAAGUGAAGGGAACUAUUUUUAAUGAACUUGAUGAUGAAAAACUUGUUGAUGUUUUGGACCUCUCUAGUUUGGAAGAACUCUUUUGCGUUGAUGGCCCACCCUCUGGCAACAAAAUAGCAGAAAAACAAUCGAAGGAAGACUUGGUUUCUGGAGGUCAAUCAUCCCCUCCAAGUUCGGCAUCUAGCAGUAUAGGUGUUGGUGUAUUGAAUGGAGGGAAUACGAAAACUUUGUUGGGCACUAAAAGACUUCAAAAUAUUGCUAUUAUACGUCGAAAGCUUGGCAAGUCAAUAAUGGAAAUUAUGUCGGGUGUUCACCGUUUUGAUUUGUCUGUAUUAAGUCCGGAUCAAGUUGAAAUUUUGUUACCUAUAGUACCCACACAAGAUGAAUGUACAAAAUUAAAAGAAUAUGCUUCUUCAAAUCAAAAUUCUUCAAAUUUAAAUAAUCCUUGGGAAUUAUUGACUGCUGAAGAUCAAUUUUUGGCUCAAUUAAUGGGAAUUGAAAGAUUAUCUCAAAAACUUUUGAUUAUGAAAUUUAUGGGAGAUUUUAAUGAUAGCGUUCGUCUACUCAUUCCUCAAAUCCAAAAGGUUACAGCAGCAGCCAAAUCUGUACAUAAUUCAAAAAAAUUUCCCAAAAUUAUUGAAAUUAUUUUGGCUAUUGGAAAUGCAAUGAAUGGACAGAGAAGAGCGCCUGUUUAUGGAUUUAGACUUUCUAGUUUGGAUGCUUUGAGUAUCCUUAAAAGUCCAAAAGAUCGAAAUGUUACAUUAUUGCAUUGUAUUGUUGAAUUAAUAGCUGAUAAAUUCCCUCAUUUGCUGGAUUUUAGUGGAGAAUUAAAAUUGGCAGAAAAUGGGGCUACUGUUAAUAUGGAAACUAUUGGUACUGAUGUUAAAGAUAUUGAAACAAAAUUUGGACAGGCUUUAACAGAACAAAAAAGAAAAGGAAAAGAAGAAACUCCCCAAUUAUUAAAUACAUUUUUGGAAUCUGCUGAAGCUAAUAUUCAAUCACUUCAAUCAAAUUACAAACUAGCACAAGAAGCUUUUGGAGAAUGUGCUGAAUAUUUUGGUGAAGUACCUGGAAGAAUUCAACCAGAUGUAUUUUUUACAAGAAUUGUUUCUUUUUGCAAGCAUUUUGAACAAGCUAGAACUGAAAAUGAGGCUAAACGAAAGGCUGAACAGCGACAACUUGAAACUCAACAAAAACGUCGUUCCGCUCAGACUACCCGUCGUUCGGGAGGAACAUCAUCAGCAACUCGUUCCGGCGGGGGUCCAUCAAGUCAAGACCGUUUGUUGGAUGAAUUAAAUGCUAAAUUUAUACAAUCAUUAAAUGGGAGUAGUGGUGGAGGAGGAGGAAAGGCUUUAAAAUCUUCAAAAUUGAAUGAUGGCGAUUUUGAACGUAUAAUGGUUGAAUUACAUGAAGGUUUUGUUGCCCCAAAUGCAUCAUCAUCUAUAACAACAUUAACACCAACAGCUCCUCCUAUUGCUCCACGUAGACGUAAUAACACUGGAAAUAGUAACAAUAAUAAUCAUAAAUCGCCUUCACCAAAUCGUGAAAGGUUAAAUAGUUCAAGAGAACAAAUUAUUGAUAAGGGAAAGUAA